UUUCACAAUAAGGCUAGGUUUAAUUCUACUUGAAAUGUAUGCUGGGAAUGGCCGACUAGGGAAGUUAAUAUUUGGUUCUAAGGUUAAGGAAGUCCCAAAAAGGGUACUUGAUAUACGUGACAUUCGAAGAGUACCAGAGCAAAGUAUUGAAAUUGAUGAAACUUAUGAGGAACCAGUCAAUAGACCUCGUCCAUUGUCGAUCUCAUGGCCACCUACUGUCAGGAGAAUAGGAGGUUCACCUUUAGCUGAGUCGGGUACUUUGCCUAGAUCCAUCAAUAGAAUAAACAGAAAUUUCAUAGGAGCUUUAGGAUCUAAUUCUAACAAUGUUAUUGUUAGUGUAACUCUAGAAGGAGUCCCACUUAAAUGUUUGGUUGAUACUGGUGCAAUUACUUCGGUGGCAAAUAUAGGACUAGCGGAGUGCAUUCUAUGUGUGCCAGGCAAGCAACUUCGGUUAAUUUAA